GGCCGGAAGAGUCUGAGGCUAAGAGCGACAGCUCUCUCUCUGAGGGAGGGAAGAAAUUCUGUCCAGCUCCGCUCUAGGAAGCGCCACGUCUGUGGCCGGAAGGAGGGGGCUGAGAAGAGUUCCGCUCUAGGAAGCGCCAGUCCAUGGCCAUAAGGGGCGGGGCUAGGCGAGAAUUACAGCCGUCUAUGAGGGAGGGAAGAGGUUCCAUGCGGCUCUGCUCUAGGAAGUACCACAUCUGUAGCCGGAAGGGGCGGGGCCUAGGCCGAGAGUGACGUCCGGGCAGGCGGAGGGAGCGAAGAGGCUGAAGGCGGCUCUCCCUGCCCUGCCUCCCUGAGCUUCUGUGGGGGAGACCCUCUCUUAGGGAGGCAAGGCAAGGGCAGGAGAGGCCAGGCGCCAGGCCCUGUGUGAUCUUGGAAGCUAAGCAGGUGUGGUCAUGGUUAGCCGUUGGGUGGGAGGCCGACCAUGAGCACCAGGUGCUGUAAGCUGCGUUUCAGGGGAAGGGCCUGGCAAAAGCAUCUCUGAGGAUUCCUGGCUUCGGAAAGUCCUAUGAAACCCGCGGGGUCCCCAAAGGUUGCCAGGCACUUGGAGGCCACACAUAGGAAACCUGAUACUGUGAGCCACAGGAUAUGGCACCACACUUAGGCAGAAUGAUAUAAUCACCUCUGAUACCAGACGCUGGAUGGCUGACUGUUGGCUGUUCCUCCUCCCUUUAAUGGAGGAGAGAAUUGCUAUGUUUUCCAAAAGAGCAACUAUCUUGUCCUCAGGAAGAAAAUUUCUUCACAUGGUCCUGUCCGCAUUGCAGAAGGAUUAGAAAGCAAAACGUUUUUUUUCCUGCAGAAUCUAAGAGACAUGUUAAAAGAAGCAGAAAGAAAGGCAAAACAAGAAAGGAGUGAAUGGUCAAAAAGUAAUGGAAAGGAAGUAACGUCUGUAUGAUCAUCCUGGUCUGUGGCUAGCAGAAUCUGUCCAAAGGGGAAAGGGCUGUUUUGGCCAUGUUGGCAUCUGCUAGGAAUAACAGAUUAAAGCCAGGAAAGCAGCUCCUCCUGUUCAGGAUAAGCCCAGAGGAGGAGAGCUCUUGGGAAGAACCGUGCUGAAGAGCCCAAGGGAGGAUGUCUUGAGUUCAGAUGCACAGAUGCGCUUCAGACGGUUCAGCUGCCAGGAGGCUUUGGGGCCUCGACAGGUUUGUAGCCAACUCCAUGCGCUCUGCUAUCUGUGGCUGAAGCCAGAGAGACACACAAAAGCUCAAAUCCUGGACCUGGUGCUCCUGGAGCAGUUCCUGGCCAUCCUUCCCCCAGAGAUGGCAGCCUGGGUCAGGGAAUGUGGGGCAGAGACCAGUUCCCAGGCGGUGGCCCUGGCCGAAGGUUUCCUCUUGAGCCAAGCAGAAGAGAAGAAGGAAGAACAGCAGGAGUUACUUGUGGAAGAGACAACUGAGGUGAAGAACGAGUGGAUCAUGGAAGAUUGUGACAGAGCGUCCUCCUCAGUGGGAGGUAGGAAAAGGACACGGCCUGAAUGUACAAGCACACCUUUCCAAUAUGAUGGUUUCAGAACAGCUUCUGCAAGACAGAUUAAGGUGAGCUUUCAAGAUGUGGCUGUGGAUUUCACUGAGGAGGAGUGGGUCCUGCUGGAUCCAGAAGAAAGAACCCUUCAUAGGGAAGUGAUGGAGGAUAAUUUGGGGCUUAUAUCUUCCCUGGGUGGGGAUGACCAACUGAGUAAGAAUGAAGAAGUACUCUGCAGAUCAUUGCUUCGAAGAGUCUGGUGUAAACAGAUGAAUGAGAAUGGAGCAAAAACUAACACUCCCAAGAAGGGGAAAAAACACCCUGUUUCUCAGAAUAGCAAAGUUUAUGAAAUCUCAGUCCAAGAAAUAACACAGACAAGGAGGGGAAAGAGUAAAUAUCUUUGUCUUGCAUGUGGGAAAAGCUUCAGAUGUAAAGCAAGCCUUAAUCUUCAUAGAAGAAUUCACACAGGGGAGGACACUGUCAAAGGCAGUGAAUGUGGUAAGACCAACAGUUUGAUUUCAUAUACAAGAACUCACACAGGAGAAAAACCAUUUAAAUGCUUGAGAUGUGGAAGGAGAUUCAAGUGGAGGUCACAAUUGAUGCCACAUCAGGAAGCUCACAUAGGGGGGAAACCAUUUAAAUGUUUGGAAUGUGGAAAGAGCUUCAGUUGGAAGAUGAAUCUCAAUCGCCAUCAAGCAACACACAAAAAGGAAAAACCGUUUCAGUGUUUGGAGUGUGGAAAAAGUUUCAGCUGGAAAAUAAUCCUCGCUAAUCAUCAGACAACACGCACAAGGGAAAAACCAUUUGAAUGCUUGGAGUGUGGAAAAGCCUUCAGUUGGAAGAUGAAUUUUGCUUCUCAUCGAGUAACUCACACUGGUGAGAUGCCGUUUAAGUGCUUGGACUGUGGAAAGAGUUUUAGACACAAAGGAAGUCUCACUCGUCAUCAAGCAUCGCACAAAGGGGGGAAAGUAUUUAAAUGCUUGGAUUGUGGGAAAAGUUUCAAUCAUGAGAUAAGCUUCACUUGUCAUCAAAGAACUCACACAGGUGAGAAUCUGUUCAAAUGUCUUGAGUGUGGAAAAACGUUCAGUCGGAAAACAAAUCUUAUUCGUCAUCAGUCAACUCAUACAGGUGAGAAACUGUUUAAAUGUCCUGAAUGUGGAAAAACUUUCAAUCGGAAGACAAACCUCACUUGUCAUCAAGCAACUCACACAGGAGAGAAACUGUAUAAAUGCCUGGAGUGUGGGAAAAGUUUUAGUUGGAAGACAAAUCUCACCCGUCAUCAAGCAACUCACACAGGAGAGAAACUGUUUAUAUGCCUCAAAUGUGGAAAAAGCUUCAGUCAGAAAACAAACCUCAUUCAUCAUCAAGCAACUCACACAGGAGAGAAGCCGUUUAAAUGCCUAGAAUGUGGGAAAAGCUUCAGUCAAAAGACAAAUCUCACUUCUCAUCAAGUAACUCACACAGGUGAGAAACGGUUCAAAUGCCUUGAGUGUGGAAAAAGCUUCAGUCAAAAGACGAAUCUCAUUUCUCAUCAAGUAACUCAUACGGGUGAGAAACCAUUUAAAUGCCUUCAGUGUGGAAAAAGCUUCAGUCGUAAGAGAAACCUCAUUGGUCACCUGGAAACUCAUACAGAUGAGAAAUUGUUUAAAUGCCUUGUGUGUGGGAAAAGCUUCACUAAGGAGAUAAAUUUCACUUUUCAUCAAGCAACUCACACAGGGGAGAAACUGUUUAAAUGUGCUGAGUGUGGAAAAAGCUUCAGUCGGAAGACAGACCUCACACGUCAUCGAAGAAUUCAUACAGGAGAGAAGCCUUUUAAAUGCUUGGAAUGUGGAAAGAGCUUCAGUCAGAAGACAAACCUCACUUGUCAUCAAGUAACUCACACAGGGGAGAAACCAUUUAAAUGCCCUGAGUGUGCAAAAAGCUUCAGUCAGAAGACACACCUUAUUCGUCAUCAAACAGUUCAUACAAGGGUGAAAUGGUAGAAAUAUUUGGAGUGUUAUAACAGUUUCACUCAGAGCUGACACUUUAUGCAUUACUGAAGAAUUCAUACACAGAAGAAACCAUAUAAAUGCUCAGACUGUAGAAAGUGGUUCAGUUAUUUCUCACAACUUGUCACAAAAAUUGCCAUAUAGUAGAAACCAGGCCCACUGUUAGCAGUGGACACCAUUUAUGCUUCAUAGUGGUAGUAGUACAGUCAUUCCUCCUUAUCCACAGAUUUUUUUUAUCCACAGAUUCAAGCAUCCACGGCUUGAAAAUGGUUUUUUUUUUUAAAUGUAAAUUCAAAAUAGCAAACCUUGAUUUUCCAUUUUAUACAAGGGACACAAUUUUGCUGUGCCAUUGUCUUUAAUGGGACUUGAGCAUCGACGGAUUUUGUUAUCCAUGGAAGGUCCUGGAACCAAACCCCAAUGGAUAAUAAGGGCCACUUAAUAGUAGAAAACCUUCCUUAUUUGAAAUUGAAGAAUUUGACCAAGGAGAAGAGUAUAUAAGGGCUUGUAAUGAAAUAAGCUUCAAUCAAAGGUGAAUUUUUAUUAUACAUUAAACAAUACAGCUAGAGAGAAACCUAUGUGCAGUCUUUCACUACAGCCUCAAUGCUGUUAUCACACAAAGAAAUCACAUAGGGUAAAACCACUUAGAUGCUUUGAGCACAUAAAAAUUAUGUUUGAAGAUACUACUCUAUUUCGCAUCAUAAAUAAGACUGCAGUAGGUUGUGAUAUUUGGAAAGAAUGUGCUUUAGAUCAGGGAGUUCACUUAGAAUAGUGCUACUCAAAUUUGGGUAGUCCUUGGACUGAUGCUGGUCCACCAGCCAUCGGCUGCCAGUCCCUGGCAAGUUUCCAGGAAAUAAAGAAACAAUUGUACCCAAUGGGUUCAAAAUACAUAUUGCGUUGUGUCACAUUAGAAUUUUUGUUAGUAGAUCCUCACAUUGCUACUCUAAGAAACACUAAUUUAGCAGAUAUUCCACAUGAAUGCUAGACUCCUGAAUGGAUUUUAAUCAGUUUUUUUUUAAUUGUUGGAUUUGUUGCUAAUGCUAUAAAGAAAUGCCUAGUUCACCUCUCUCAAGACAGUAUGAGAUAUCUUUUGUGGAAUUAUGAAGCAAACUGAAAGUACUGAAUACUACUUAAUCAUGAAAUUGGAGAUAUAAAGAGGUAAUGAGUCAAUCAAAAGGAAAGACACACAAAGAGAAAGGCCAAUGGUACCUAAUGGACUCUGGAUAACAGCUUUCAAAAAAUUAUUGGCUGUGUGGCCUGAUGAAUAUCUAAAAAGGGAGCAAUUGAGUUCAAAACCAUCCCUUAUAGGUCAAGAAUUUGUUUCCUUUCAGCAGUGAAGAGUUGUAACAUUAAAUCAUUUAUAUUCUGCCGUAAUAAUGUAAGGAUCCUUUUGCUCUUGAAAUAUGACAUUUGUUUUGCUUAUCAGUUAAUGGUAGAUAAUUAAUGGGCUAUAAAUUUUGUUAUAAUAUAAAUAAAACCCACAUAUACAGGUCUAUAGAAAUGCUUACAUGUUUCAGUUCAAAUAGCAGAUCUUGAAUUAUUUUGUCAAAGGUGAAUGUAACUAAUUUUAUCUAGCUUGAUGGAUACAUAUGGUCCAAAACACACUCCAGAAAUAAUCUGGUUUGAGACCGCCUUAACUGCCCUGGCUGAAUGCUAGGGUAUUCAGGGAACUGUAGUUUUGUGAGACA